AAACAAUACUUCCGGUAUCCGAGCGUCCCGCCUUCGGUCCGCCGGGUGAGGGGCGGUCGUCAGUCGUUGGAUGGUAUGGAAAGCAAGGCCUGUUCUCAAUAGUGAACAGUAGGUUUUGAAUUCACAAAAUUUGCGAAGUGAUGCAAUCAUUUUUAUGUGCUAUAAUGGUGACCUAGGAACAAGCCACUGAACUUGCACAAAUUGCAUAGACAAGAGAAUUUGUACAGCUGGAGAAAAUAUAAAAUGUCCUUUACAUCGUCAAGAAGAUUCUUCAUUUGAUGGGUACUCAACAACUGUGAAGCUCAUGCAGUCCAAGGCUUAUUUGUUGCUGGAAAGGGAAUAUAUUGAACUUCAAAAAGUUGGAUUCUUUGGCAUUUCUGCAUACCCAGUUAAAGAAGAUCUACUGGAAUGGGUGGCCACAGUGCAAGGAUUGAAAGAUUCUCUUUGGGAAGGUGCUUCCCUUCAACUCUCCUUGAAGUAUACAGAAGAGUACAAGUCAGUCCCUCCUACUAUCACUUUCAAUACAAUUCCAUUUCACCCCAAUGUUGAUGCAAUCACAGGCAAGCCAUGUGUCUACUUUCUAGAUAAUCCCAGGAAAGGGGAUGAACAUUACUCCUUGACAACCAUCCUUCUUAGCAUUCAGAGAUACCGUACAGCGUUGAACAGGCCCUUCCAGCCCAAGGAGCCAUACUGCCCGGUGAUGUUGUCCAACCCAGUACUGGAAAAUCCAGUCAAUAUGGAGGCUGCCAAGAUGUUAAAGGAGAAUCCACCAAGAUAUCGAGAAAUGGUUUUGGAAUGUGUCAGAACCUGCAGGCAGCUCAAAGCGACUGGAGUGAACUUCGCAGUUGAAUGUUUUCCUGUGGCUCACUUUCAAAGCCAAACUUACAGCAAACCGCGGAGAAUUAAAAUGAUUGCUUUCGAUGAAUAUCACAAGACGUGGACUGAAAUUGCCACAUCAAAAUCAAAUGAGAGCUGCAAAGAUUCAACGCCCAGGCCCUGCCUUAAUCUUCAAGCAAUAUAUUGCGGAGAAGAGGAAUUACAAAAGGAAAUUGAAGCACAGAAUAAAGAAUUUGAUGAGAUUAUUUAUGGAACAUUUGGUAAAGAAAGGAUGACUCAAGUAACAAUGAACAAGAAAUUGGAACGGAUCAACCGCUUGAAGAAGAGCUACAUUAUGGACAGAUUCUCUGAGGCUUCAACUUCAGUAUGCCCAGCUCUAUCGAUGAACAUCAAAGCGGAGCAAUCCAGCACCUGUGCAAAUGAGGAGGAUCUGUGGACGAAAGAAGUAGAUAAUUUAGUGAACUGGACAACUGGACUCAAUGUAGAUGAGCUGGAGGAUGAUUAAGAAACAAAAAAAAUCCAAAUCCUUUAUGAGCCCAAACUAGUCUGUAAAUGCAUUAUGUAAUCAUUAAAUUAAUUUGGAAGAUAUAAUGGCUUUUUCAUCCUUGGUCCAGCUCAUUUCUCACAUUCACCCGCUGCAAUAUUCAGUAUCCUUAUUGCAGCUUGCAAAUUAAAACCUCCUUCAGGCAUUGUUGCCACUGCUGCUUCAGGAAGCAAAAUGAUUUGCAAGCACCAACCAAGUCUUCAUAGUCCUUUGCCUGCUUGCUGCUAUCAAUUACUUUUUUUAGUGCUCAUAAGUAUCUCUGAUAAUAAGAAUAUUUUUAAAAAUUAGAUGUGUUUUCAGUAAUUUUAGAAAAGUUGUUUAAAAGAUGAACAAUAUAUCACUUAACAACACAUUGGAAGGGAGUUGAAAGCCUUAGGUUAGUUAAAAAAAACUUUCUUGAACUUACUUUCCAAUGCAGUUCAGAGCACCAUUUCAGUUGAAUGGGAGUGUGCUUUAUCCACCAGCCACAGGUACCUUGAAGCCAAUAGGCUAAGACAAGUCUCUUGACAUAACCGAAUUUGCUCUUACACAAGAAUGUGAAAUGUUCCAUAUUUUCCAUUGCCCUCCUCCCAUGUGAAUAUGUCUUUGACUAGAUUUGGUAUGAGGUUAAGGAAUACUUGUGGAGAUUUGCCCUGAACUGCUGCAUAACACUGGGCUGUGUGCUGAAUAGACUGUACCAGGACACGCACAGUGAAGCAAAUAGCUGGUGAGUGAAACCAUCAAUACAAUGAAAGGUACUCUUUAGUAUGCUGUAAACUCACUGAUAUUUUCAGGUAAGAUGUUGUCUACAGCAACACACACAAAAUGCUGGAGGAGCUCAGCAGGUCAGGCAGCAUCUGUGGAAAUGUAUAAACAGUUGAUGUUUCGGGCCGAGACCCUUCUUCAGAACUGAAAGAAAGGGGGAAGAUGUCAGAAUAAAAAGGUAAGGGGGAGGAGAAGGAGGCUAGCAAGAAAGUGAUAGGUGAAGCUAAGUGGGUAGGAAAGAUGAAGGGCUGGAGAGGAAGGCAUCUGAUAGGAGAGGAGAGUGGACGAAAGGGAAAAGGAAUAAGGAGGGGACUUGGGGAGAUGAUAGGUAGGGGAGAAGAUGUAAGAGGCCUGAGUGGGGAAUAGAAGAAGAGGGGAGGGGGAGGGAAUUUUUUUUUGCAGAAGGAGAAAUUGAUAUUCAUGCCAUCAGGUUGGAGGCCACUGAGAUAGAAUGCAGGGUGUUCCUCUUCCAUCCUGUGUGUGGCCGCUCUUGACACAAGAGGAGAAUGUCAGAAUGGGAAUGGGAAUUAAAAUCUUUGGCCACUGGGAAGUUCAGCUUUUGGCAGAUGGAGAUGGGGGUGCUCAACGAAGUAGUCCCCCAGUUUAUGACGGGUUUCACCAAUGUAGAGGAGGUCACAUCAGAAGCAUUGGACACAAUCAACAGCAGAUUCACAGGUAUAGUGUUGCGUCACUUAGAGGGACUGUUUGGGGCUCUGAAUGGAGAUGAGGGAAGUGACUGGAUUGGUGUAGCACUUUAGCCACUUGCAGGGAUAAGUGCCGGGAGGGAGAUUUGUGGGAAGGGAUGAAUGGACAAGGUAAUCACGAAGACAGUGUUGUCCAUGACUGGGUGGCGCAAAAUAGCAUACUCAGAAGUCCAGGACUAUGUGCUGAGAGGCACACUUGAAGCAGGAUGCAAGCAUUGCACAUUCUCUUUAAGGAAGGGUCACAGUUUAGGGCUUCCCUGCUAUCACAAAUACAAAACAUGAAAUCUGUGCUAAUAUUCCAUGGACUAUUUGCUUUAAGGGUGUAAAUGAAUGAUAACUAAUAAUGUGCAAAUAUUGAAUAAUGGAAGUAAAAUGAUGU